CCGGCCCCGAGCGGCACCGGGAGCGGCACCGGCCCUGGCACCGGCCCCGGGGCCAUGCGGGGCGCGCCCGGCUCCGCGCUGCGGGCGGCGCUGCCGCUGCUGGGCGCCGCCGUGUCCCUCUGCGCAGGCCUGCAGUGCGUGUGCCAGCUGUGCGAGCACACCAACUUCACGUGCCACACGGAGGGCGCCUGCUGGGCCUCGGUGAUGCUGACCAACGGGCGCGAGGAGGUGGUCAAGUCCUGCGUGUCCCUGCCCGAGCUGCACGCCCAGGUCUUCUGCCACAGCUCCAAGAACGUCACCCGCACCGAGUGCUGCUACACCGACUUCUGCAACAACAUCACGCUGCGCCUGCCCCUCGCAGCAGCAGCCCCCUCGGGCGGUGCGGGCCGGCUCCGGGCGGCGCUGCUGGCCGCCGUGGCCGUGCCGCUGGCGCUGCUGGCGCUGCUGGCCGCGCUGCUCGCCCGCUCGGCCCGGGGCUGGCGGCGCCGCCCGCCCAGCGUGGAGGAGCCGCCGUGCGAGGGCAGCCUGGCGGGCACGGGCAGGACGCUCAAGGACCUCAUCUCCGACAUGACCACCUCGGGCUCCGGCUCCGGCCUGCCUCUGCUGGUGCAGAGAACCAUCGCCAGGACUAUCGUGCUGCAGGAGAUCGUGGGCAAGGGACGCUUUGGGGAGGUGUGGCACGGCAAGUGGUGCGGGGAGGACGUGGCUGUGAAAAUCUUCUCCUCCAGAGACGAGCGGUCGUGGUUCCGGGAGGCAGAGAUUUACCAGACAGUGAUGCUGAGGCACGAGAACAUCCUGGGCUUCAUCGCUGCUGACAACAAGGAUAACGGGACGUGGACUCAGCUGUGGCUUGUCUCGGAGUACCAUGAGCAGGGCUCGCUGUUUGACUACCUGAACAGGGGCACAGUGACCGUGGAGGGCAUGGUCAGGCUGGCACUGUCCGUGGCCAGCGGCCUGGCACACCUGCACAUGGAGAUCGUGGGCACGCAAGGGAAGCCAGCGAUCGCUCACCGGGAUCUGAAAUCCAAGAACAUCCUGGUGAAGAGGAACGAGACCUGCGCCAUCGCCGACCUGGGGCUGGCGGUGAAGCACGACUCGGUGCUCAACACCAUCGACAUCCCCCAGAACCCCCGCGUGGGCACCCGCAGGUACAUGGCCCCCGAGAUCCUGGAGGACGCGAUGAACACCAACAUCUUUGAGUCCUUCAAGCGGGCAGACAUCUACUCCCUGGGGCUGGUGUACUGGGAGAUUGCCCGCAGGUGCUCCGUCGGAGGGGUCACCGAGGAGUACCAGCUGCCUUACUACGACCUUGUGCCUUCCGACCCUUCAAUAGAAGAUAUGAGAAGGGUUGUCUGUGAACAGAAGCUCAGACCAAGUAUUCCAAACCAGUGGCAGAGCUGUGAGGCGCUGCGGGUGCUGGGCCGGCUGAUGCGGGAGUGCUGGCGUGCCAGCGGUGCCGCGCGUCUCACGGCGCUGCGCGUCAAGAAAACCAUCUCUCAGCUCUGCGUGCCCGAGGACUGCAAGGCCUGACAGCCCGGGGACAGGGGCCGGGGGUGCUGUGCUGCCCGGCUCCCCAGCGCGGCAGGGUUGGUGUUUCUGCUCUACCUCAGACGGCGCGGGCGGUGCCCAGCUCCGGCGCUGUGCCCGGCCCUGGCACCGCGCUCCUCGGGGUUUGGGUUUGGUGCAGCAAGUCCGUGACUUGCUCUGGCUUGGCUCGGUAAAUCAGACACCGGUGAAUGGCAGGAAGGAGCUUACAGCAUCAUGGCACUGUAAAAAUACCUUUUGCUGUUGCGCUUUUCAUCCUUGUCAGACCCCAAACGCCCUGGAAGUGUCUGGUGUUGGUUAAAGCCUGUUUGUGAGACAAACCUCAUGUUCUGUCCUCAAACCAAGAAAAAGACCAAAUUAACCCAGAUUUUUACCUGUUUUUUUUUUUUUUAAAUUUUAUUUCAGGGAUUUGAAAAGUGGUUGUCAGUAAAUGCAUUUUGAAUUACUGUAUUUAUAAUUAACCAAGCAAUUUAAAAAUAUGAAAAUUCCACUAAGUGUGUAGACUGUGAGCAAAACCAUUGAGUCAGUUCGCUAUUAACAUUUAUUUUUAUUGUCUCAAUUUCACAUACAAUGUCAUGGUUAAAAAUUGAGUUGUUUUACUCUGUCUUUUGUUCAUUGAACAGAUCAAUGAAGGGACAACUUUUCCUUUUAACAGUUGUUAGGAAAAAUAAUAGAGGCAACAAUUUUCUGUUAGCUGUGAAGGGAUGGAACAGGAGAAAUUCUACCUAAAUGGAGAAAAUAUUUAUUUUUAGCAAUGUUUUUCCAAUCACUGGCAGCAAUUUUUUAGUGCCUUUUGAUGUAUUAGGGGGAAGCUUUAACAAAAGCCAGUGCAAUGUGUUCAGAGGUUUCUUACAGAAUUCUGUAACAGCACCAGGCUGGUGAUGAAUAUUUACAUUUUUGACCAGGUUUCCAUAAUAUCAGAAGCCAGCAACGUGAGUUGCUGUGUUAAAAUUCAACAGUGUUCUGGCGUUUUGUGAAUGGCCCGCAUAUUUGAAUAUAGUGUUGGAGUGUUCUUAAUAGGCAAAAUUAUACAUUUUGUAUAUGGUUCUUUACAUGUUUCUAAAUCCAUCUGGCCCAUGGGAAUUAAUCCCAGAGAUGCUUCCAGAAUAGCAAAGCUUUGCAGAAAUCUGGUGUGGGCCCCAUAGCUCUGUGACAGGAUCUGUGGGUGCAAAAUCUCUUCCCUGAGCUAUUGCAGGGAAGAAUGGGUUAAACUUUUACUGAGUGUGGGUCAGCAGUGCCAUCCAUUCCUCAGGCUUCACCCUGCUGUGCUCACCCUCAGGGUGAUGUGGGUGCUUGCUGGCUGUGGGUGCCUUUGGGCAGCUGGAGAGCUCAGCCUGCAGGGCUCUGAGUGCUGCAGCAUGGCACUGCAGCUUGCUCCUGUCUGCUGCAGCCCAGCCCUGCAGCCCAGCCCUGCAGCUUGCUCCUGUCUGCUGCAGCCCAGCCCUGCAGCCCAGCCCUGCAGCUUGCUCCUGUCUGCUGCAGCCCAGCCCUGCAGCCCGCUCCCCUCUGCUGCAGCCAGCAAUGCUGCAUGCUGGCUUCUCACCCCUCACCAAGGCUGCCUUAGGGAUCCACGGCAGGGGAUGGGCUUGGAGCAGCCUGGUCCAUGGAAGGUGUCCCUGCGAGGCAAAACCAGACGGGCUUUGAGGUCUCUGCCGACCCAAACCGUUCUGGGGUUCUGUGAUUCAGUUCCUGUGUGCUUCAAGUGCAUGAAGUCCCCGUGCAGCUCAGUGAUGUGACUCUGCAGGCUGUUUGAGGGGUGAUCUUGGCAGCUGCAUGAUCCAAAGCCUGGUGCUGACUUGACUAUCGAAAAAAAUUGCAAAGCUAAGGCCCAGCAUCUGUUCUUGUAGUAUGUGCAAGAACAUACUAUCUUAAAUAGGAAGAAUCAAAGCUUUAUUUUUUUUUUUUAAAGUGGGAAAAGAGUUUCAGUCUUCAGUUUCUCCCCUGGAGCCUCUGAAAAUUGUUGACCAGCCCAGUAAUUUGAACAAGACCCUGUUGGUGCCUGGCUGGGAAGUGUGGGUGGAGGAUGCUCAGGCUCAGCUGCUCCUCACACAGGUCACAGCUCCAGCCCCAGAAGUGCUUUAACCUUUUCCCUGGACACAGCUCUUGGCAUCAGACAUUAUGGUCUGUUUGCCCUGGCUUUUCACCCAACUCAGUAUUUUUGCUCUGGUUUUCUUUUCUCUUUUGUUGUUGAGAGGUGAAUGCACAUUUUGAUGGAUUGGAGUUGAGCGUAACUGAGCCAAGGGGCUGAUGUUGUGUUGAGCUCUGAAAUGUUUGUAAACUCUAAAGUCCUUUAGAAAAACUCCAAAGAACCCUUGUUUUAGUGGCCUUUUCCCUCCCUGUGGGUUUGUCUUGGUCUAAUUUAAGCACAGAGGUUAUGCCAAGACACUUCUGUGCAGUUUAGGGAGGCUUAGGUUUCCUCAGAGGUCACAAUGCUCCUGAUAAUCUUCACUUAAAGCAAAAGUUCUUAAUGAAAUGAAAAAAAUGAAGAUUUUCAAGGUCAAGGAUGCUCAAAACCUUCAGUUACCACAUUCAGCUUCUCCUAAUUGAUGCUUUAACUGGGGGGGGAAUAACCAAUAUUUUAUAAUUUGCUUCUAAUAACAAUCUCAAGUUUAAUGUAGGGAUUAUGCACUGAAAGGGAAAGUUAAUUAAUGUUUCCUGUAAUGCCUAAUUUUUUUUUGUAUUACUUGAACUGCUGCCCCCACACACUCCUUUAGAAAUUCAGGCUGUAAUCUCUUUUGCACUCUUAUAAUUUGCACUUAAUCAAGCUCAUUCCCUCACAUGACACUAUAAAGAAUCCUACAGUAUUUUAGCAACUGCUGUGUCACUCUGCUUGGUACUAGAUUCAUUUUAGAAUUCUAGAAUCACUAGAAUUACGAAUAAAUGGGUUUAUAAGUAUGCCCAGUCCCCACAGUGGGUCUGGGCUUUGAGCAGGGCGAGUUCUCCUCAGUUCCUGGAGCUCCUGUGCCAGGGUGGGCUCGAGGCUGCCCCAGCUCAGGGGAGGGAGGAGUUUGGGCUUUGCUUGGGGCAGCAUCACAGCACAGGGCCAGGGUGGCACUGGGGGUGCUGCUGGGACAGGUGGGCACUGGGCGCUGCAGGUGGGCACACCCUGGGCACUCCUUUGGGUGCACAGGGACGGGCACAGCCUCUGGUGCUGGUGAAAGGUAUGGCUCAAACCCCUGCCCUGGGUCAGUGAGGAUGUAUUGGGGUGUCCUUGGGGUGUCCUUGAGCCAUCCCUGGGGAUCCCAGGGCCAGCACCUGGGUGUCCCCAGCAGCCCUGCAUGUCUGUCCCUCCUCUGCCCCUGGCUGUGUGUCUGUGAUCCCAGGGACCAUCCCCACAGGCCGUGGGACCCCAACUCCCCAAAGCUUUUAGGGAAAGAUGUCCACGUUCUGCUCCAAUGGCAGAGCAAUAUUUAUGAAUGUACAGGGAAUAAGCACCGAGGUACAAUAUAUUUCUACAGAAUAUAAGAAAUGUGCAAUAAAUUGUAACUUACACUGAAUGUAUUUUUGGCAUAAAUGGACCAGAUGCGUUUUGAAUGUAGCUAUGACAUUGUGUCUAAGCCUGCUGUGGUUCUCAGUCCCUUAGAAAAACGUGUCAUGUUUUGUCAAUCUACAAACCAUUUCCUCAGUUGUCUGUUUUUAAAAGAAGCGUGAGUAUUUUAUCUGGAACACUGUUAUAUUUCUGAACUAAGUAUGGCAGUGCAAUGCUAACUUCAACCCUCGUGUUGUGAAAUAUCUGAUCUGUGUAAACUGCAGAGUUAUUUUUAAAACUAUUGCUAAAGUUAUUGCUUGAUAUUGCAGCUGCCUGGAUGUAAAUAAUGGUUUAGCUGUUGUAUUUUGUAUGCGGAUUUGGGGAAGACGUGGCAAUUUUAAUAAAUUCAGCAUACUCUGC